UGCGUAAAAGGCUGCUAUCCUAAACAAUUAUUGAAACAAUGGGAUGAUUAUGAUGAAAGAAAAGUAUCUGAAAAUGAUAGACCAGGUAUUUUUAAAGAUGAUCAAUUAUUUAUAGUGUUUGAAUUUGCUGAUGGUGGAUGUGAUUUAAGUGCAUUUCAGUUUGAUAAUCCCAAUCAAGCAAAAAGUGUGUUGAUACAGACAGCCUAUGCUCUGGCAGUUGCUGAAGAAGCGUUCGAGUUUGAACAUAGAGAUUUACAUAUAGGCAAUGUAUUAGUGAAAGCUACAGAAGACAGAACUGUAGAUUGUACUAUAGAUGGACACAAAGUGUCAAUAGAAACUAAUGGUGUACACAUAUUUAUCAUAGAUUUUACCAUGUCCAGAUUAAAGAAAGAUGGUGUUAUUAUACAUUGUAAUCUGGCUGAUGAUAAAACUCUAUUUGAGGGAGAAGGAGAUUAUCAGUUUGAUAUUUACCGUUUAAUGAAAGAACAUAAUGGGAACAAGUGGGAUGAUUUCAAACCAUAUUCUAAUAUUUUCUGGCUCCAUUACCUGACUGACUGUAUAUUGAAAAAGAAACGAUUUAAAAGUAAUACAAGAGUUGACAGAGAAGUACUUAAAGACAUUCGACAAUUGUUCAAAGAAUUAUUAGACUAUGGCAGUGCAAAGGAUUUAGUUAUUAAUUCAGAAUUCUUCAACCCAUCGUGA